AUGGAGUAUUGGUAUGACCCAGAUACUGGUGAGAGUGUCUGGACCAUGCCACCAGAAACCGAUUUAACAUCUGAUCUGGACACCAUGGGGGGAAGCAUCGAGACCCUCUUCAGCAACACGCAGGCGCUGGCAAAACUCAUUGCAGAAGACGAGGAGCAGCAUCAACAGGAGCUAGCACGUGCGGAUGAGGCACGACGAGCGUCUGGCUCCGUUGCAACUCACAGCGAGGUCGUUGAACCCGAUGGUACCAGAUCCUUGUUACGAGGCAGCAAUGCUGAAGCAGCUCCAGAUAGCUUCUACAGCAGUGGUGCCGUGGCACCCGUGACGUUUCAGCCGGUUGCCGCCGAAGAGGCCGGUGCACCCAGCACCGAAACCCUCGCAUCAAGCAGGUCACCACCUGGACAUCUACCAUGGGUAACGUUCCGACAAGGCACCUUGGCGCUGCUGGGGGUGUGGUGUGUCGGAGUUCUGUGGUCUAUCUUCCAUGUCUUCUUUAACAUCGACAUCGUCAUCAAGCCAAAGUCAGAGUCGUCGAUUGCAAACCUCGUGUCGCGCUGGGUCAUGCCCAGCCACGUCGAGAUUGAGCUACUUCACCAGACUUGGCCGCAUCCACACUUCAAGCCCCAGGCCAUCACCUGUCAAGCCCACGAAGAUGGUGACUUGAGGCUGUUGGUGGCUGAGCGACACGCCGUUCACAGCCUCACGACAGUGCAUGCAGCGACAGGACAUAGCAUGGUUUAUGCCUCACGCCCAUCGUGGCAACCAGUGGCGGAGCAGUGCUUGCUCCAGGCUCCAGACUUCCUUGCCGAAGGUGUAAGGGGCAUGACGAUCCGCUGCCGUACUUCUUGGACUGCAUGGGAGGUCGAUGCUGAGCUGCCCACUAGGCUCGAGCUCCAGCAAUUCGACGCUCUCGGAGCUUCUUGGAGGCGCGAGAAUUUGCAGGGAAAUCUGUUGAGUGAUAUGCGCCGAUGGGGUCGACGCAGAAUAAGUGUCCAUUAUGAAGAGAAUCCUGUUGAGCCAGCUGCUGCCGAUGGCCUCAGGGACGCCGAGACCAUCGUAGAGCCAACGAGGGAGCAACCAAACGAGCAACGGCGGCUGCUCCCCCCGCCAAAGCUGCGCAGUCGAUUGCCACUCGUGGAUCCUGCCAUGUUCCAGCGUAUCGGCAAACCGUACAGAAGCCAGUCCGAGAUAGAGAUUGCAUCUGGAGCGGCAAUCCCAGCGUCACGUAUCUCAGGAGUCUCAGCGUGGCCGACAGUUGUGGGUGGAGAACACUCGGACGACCUGGCAGCUUACUCUCCCGCGGAGGUGUCGCAGCUCGUACAGCUCCUCGAAUCUGAGUUGGGACCACACUCUGCGAGGAAAGCUCGCCGCGAUCAACAUGCCAGAAGACAGCCCAUCGCCUGUGGAGUGCAGAUUAUCAGUGGGCACAGUUGCAGCUAUGCCUGUCGCUACUGCUACAUUCAGGACUGGUACCCCUUCAUUGAACCCACCCCGACUCAGAUGUCAGGGCAGGAGGUUCUAUUGUCCUUGCUAUCCAACCCGAACUGGAUUCCCUCUCGAGAUUUCAUCAUUCUGGGCGACGUUUGUGAUCCCUUUCAUCCAAACCUGGAAGUGCGAACGAUGGAGUACAUUCGAGCUGUUGCUCCACUAGGCAGCCCAAUCCAGUUUUCGACAAAAUCCGGCAUAAGUAGACCUGUCUGCGAGCAGCUGCGGCAUUGGUCUGAGACCUUCCAGUGUCCGAUUAACGCGUUGGUGACAAUCACUACCAUCAGACAUGUCCAGGAUCUGGAGCCAAACGCACCUUCGAUUCAGACAAGAUUGGACACCAUUCGUGCACUGUCGGCUGCUGGUCUUUCUGUGUUUGUCUUCAUGCGCCCCCUGCUGCCCGGAAGUUGUGAAGACUUUUCAGAAGUUCUGAAUGCUGCGAAGGCCUGUGGCGCUGAAGGUGUGGUGGUUGGCUCCUUGCGUGUUUCGAGGAAGAUUUAUCGGCGGCUGCGGCAAUCGAAGACCGUGGACAUUGAAACCGUGGACAGGCAGCUGAGAGAGAAAGGAAUGGAGCCAAGCAGUCUGGCAGAAGAGCAGGUGGACAUCCAAGACGAGCCUUUGAGGGCUGCUGUCGUUUCACAGGCUAGCCCUUGGAAAGUGAUCGCAGAUGUCUCCGGCAGCGACGUCCAGCGAAGCGAAGGCAGCUUUUGGACGAUGCCUGGACAGGUUUCGACCAAUGUGGAGGAGGUCCUGAAGGAGUACGACAGGAGGCUUGGCCGGAUAGAGGCCUGGCACGCAAAGAGCCAGGAAGUUGUUGCUGAACCAUCACCUCGCCUCAGCAGUCAAGCUGCGCAAGUUCACGCUGCGCAAGUCCUUGGCGGAGGCGAUGCAUCCUUUACCAGCGCGCACUUCACCCUCAAGCGGGAGCUGACCGGCAGCAAAGUUGAUCUCGAAGAGCCGGUGGAGCUGGACGACCAACAUCCCUUUAGCCGGAUGUGGAUGAACGCCAGGCUGCAACACCAGGAGAUGUUCGACCAGGACCUCCUGCAGUCCAUUUACGAGAGGUCUGGACAGAGGGCACGCAACCGGGUUGCCGUCUUCGGAGGCGGUUUGAUGGGCAUUUUGUCGAUGCCUUUCGGGCCAAUCGGCAUGGCUGCGGGCGGACUCUUCGGAGCCUUAGCACCUCGGCACUUUCAGGGCUGCUGCAAUUCUUGA